AUGAAAGAUCGACCAGCAGAAUUGUGGAAAUUGCUACCAGAGUAUGAAAAGGCUAAAUGGCAAAGAAAUUAUCAAAUAAAUCGAGAUCCAAAUUUACAAAAUUCUAAUAAGUAUGUACGAAGAAAUGAUCAAAUGGGUAAAAGUGGGAACGUUAAUGCGAAUCAUGUAGCUAAAGUAAUAAGCAAUAAUGAAAAGUCUAUAUACCAUCCAAAAGGUAACGAAGCUAAAUUGCAAAUAAAUCUAUUACAAAAUGGAGAUGAAACCGAUAUCAAAAGUUCAUUUAACUUGAAGGCAAUUACUAACACCGGAAGAAAGGGAAAAAAUUAUCACAAGAAAAG